GGACACCUCCAACCCUCCAGGAGCUGAAUUUGCCUCUGGCUGAGGGCUAAAAUUCUCUUCCAGGCUAUCACCGAAGACAAAUACGAAAUCAUCCAGUCUGUGGGCGACGCCGCCAUCGUCAUCAAGAACACCAAGGAGCCCCCCUUGACCUUGACCAUCCACUUGACCUCUCCCGUGGUCAGAGAGGAGCUGGAGAAGCAGUUAGCUGGAGAAACGCUCUCAGUCACCGACUCCCCGGACGUUCUGGACAGGCAGAAAUGCCUUGCUGCCUUGGCGUCCCUCCGACACGCCAAGUGGUUCCAGGCCAGGGCCAACGGGCUGAAAUCCUGUGUCAUAGUGAUACGAGUGCUGCGAGAUCUCUGUACUCGAGUCUCUGCCUGGGCACCGCUGAGAGGAUGGCCUCUGGAGCUGCUGUGUGAGAAGUCCAUCGGGACGGCGAACAGGCCGAUGGGCGCCGGGGAGGCGCUGAGGAGGGUCCUGGAAUGCCUGGCCUCUGGAAUCGUCAUGCCAGAUGGUUCUGGUAUUUAUGAUCCUUGUGAAAAAGAAGCCACUGAUGCUAUUGGGCAUCUAGACAGACAACAAAGGGAAGAUAUCACACAGAGUGCUCAGCAUGCUCUGAGACUUGCUGCUUUUGGCCAGCUUCACAAAAUCUUGGGGAUGGAUCCCCUCCCUUCCAAAAUGCCCAAGAAACCAAAGAACGACAACCCCAUUGACUACACUGUCCAGAUUCCUCCCAGCACCACGUAUGCUGUCACCCCCAUGAAGCGUCCCAUGGAGGAGGAUGGAGAAGAGAAAUCCCCCAGCAAAAAGAAAAAGAAGAUUCAGAAAAAAGAAGAAAAACUCGAACCUCCCCAGGCCAUGAACGCCCUGAUGAAGCUCAACCAGCUCAAACCAGGGCUCCAGUACAAACUGGUCUCUCAAACUGGUCCUGUCCAUGCUCCCAUCUUCACCAUGUCCGUGGAGAUCGAUGGCAGCACCUUCGAGGCCUCGGGACCCUCCAAGAAGACGGCGAAGCUGCACGUGGCUGUGAAGGUGUUGCAAGAUAUGGGUUUACCCACGGGAGUGGAGGGCAAAGAAUCUGGGAAAGGAGAUGAGUCUGCUGAGGAGACAGAGCAGAAACCUGUGGUGGUGGCUCCUCCCCCCGUGGUGGAAACUGUCUCCACACCCACUGCAGCUUCUCCUCCUGCAGAUCAAACUCCUGAGAACGUGAAGCAGCAGGGACCAAUUCUGACGAAGCACGGGAAGAACCCGGUGAUGGAGCUGAACGAGAAGAGGAGAGGCCUCAAGUAUGAGCUGAUCUCAGAGACAGGGGGCAGCCACGACAAACGCUUCGUCAUGGAGGUGGAGGUUGACGGGCAGAAAUUCCAAGGAGCUGGCUCAAAUAAGAAGGUGGCCAAAGCCUACGCUGCCCUGGCUGCCCUGGAGAAGCUCUUCCCAGAUGCUCCUGUUCCUAUCGAGCAAAACAAGAAGAAAAGAGCCCCGGUGCCAGCACGGGGAGGCCCCAAGUUUGCAGUAAAACAGCACAACCCUGGUUUUGGGAUGGGAGGCCCCAUGCACAACGAGGUGCCACCUCCCCCCAACAUGCGUGGCCGCGGCAGGGGCGGCAACAUCCGCGGG